CAUAUGACAGCUUCGGAACACAUGGUUUUCAGAGACGUCGAUAGUUGGAGGUUACAUAGUAAAUUGCUUUAUUUAUGUUUUUAAGCGUGAUCCGAUAGAAUGACUAUCGCGGAUCUCUGGGAUCAGACAGUAUCGGCCUUUCUACUGAGUCCAUCUCAGUUUUUGGCCACCAGCACCUCUGAGAACUUCUUGGCUGAACUUCUACACGAACUGCGGAAUGAUAAAGCCAAUGAUCAACUCAAGAUUCUCCUUGUGUCUGUGCUACUGGAGCAUCCAACCAUUCUCUGCCCUUCUUCCUCUGUGGGAGAGGAAACAGCCCUUGAACUACUGUCAGUCUUCUCUCACACGCCACAGAAAUCCAUCAUCCUCAAGAGCAAUGUCAUGCUGGCCAUCACCAACGUGAUAAUAUGCACAACCUGCCUGGCUAACCACACGAAGAUGGCUGAAAACUGGCUGGACCUUCUAUUUCAGAUGAUUCAGGACACCAAUGACUACAGAUGCGGCCUAUCCCAGCAGCCACUAAGGGCCACCGCUUGUGAGUGUCUACGAGAAAUGGAAACCUGUAGCCCUGGUCUUCUUUCUCAAAAGUUAGAGGCCCUGUAUCUUCUAAAACAGCAAGAGACCACAGUUCUGCAUCAGUCCUACUGUAUGCUUUAUACACUUGGGCUGAAGAACGCCAUAAGGAUCUUGACGAGCCAAAAAGAUGUUACUGACCUAGAGUUCAAGAGCAUCUUAGGAGGAAAUGAAGGGUUUGUAUGGAAAAGCAAUCAGUUACGAUUGACCUUGUUGCCAAUAAACAUGAUGGUACAAGUCCCACGUUUGCCACCAGGUUUGGAUUGUAAAGAACUCAAAUCAAUUAUGUCGUCACUCUUGGAGGAGUCUUACCUGCAAACGCCUAUUUCCCAGUCUGCCCUACUUAGGGAACUUGUAGAAAUUGUCGCCAUGGUUCCGGGACUCUCUCCAACAUUAUUCAAAUCGCAGCUUCUGCGACUCUUCGGAACGGCAGACGUUUCGCUCAUGCAUGCCACGCUCUUUAUGAAGGACACAUUCACAGAUAGCCUUUUCUCCGCCGAGGAUGAGAACUUCCUGCUCAAGCGUCUCGUGGGCACAGCCCAGCAUCCGCUCCUAAGAGUUCCCGAAAAGCUCUUCUACAUGGAAUGCAUCCUGCACUUCCCUGAGAACCGGCCCAUAUCCAGCAGCGGGGAAGAGAGUUUACCUGUGCUGGUUACGCCACGUCUGGCAGUGUCUCUUCAUCCAACGGUUUUCAAUGAUAGUGCAACUAUGCUCUGCAGGCUAAACCUUCUUUGUUUGGUGCACCUUGAAGCAGAUGAGGGCGAAGCGGAUAAAGGAAUCAGCUACCUGUUUGAACACAUAAUGGCCCUUUUGAAAAUCAUAGACAAUGACGGUAGCAGAGAAGUGGUGGUGACCUCUUUCAGAGCGUUGUUCAUUUUUCUCAUGCACUUCAGUGGCAUGGAAGAACUCUCCGAGAAGGUGAUCGACAAAUUAUGCGACAUAGACACAACAAAAACACAAUAA